CGGCGUCACUCGAGCUGCUCGCCUUCUAGCCACGCCUUCUUGUUGAACCUAGGUAGAGUAACUGAUAUCGUUUCUAAAGCGAAGGACUGUAACAUUAUUUGCACGAAUUCAAAGACAUGGUCCUCGAGCCACAGUAAUGUGUGAAGACUGGACACCCCACUGCCCCCAGGCAUUAACCAGGCCUGCAUUACCGCCUACUAACCUCUUGUCUGAUGACUUUUAUUCAGUUUAGUUUUUUAGCUAUGAAUCCAAAAAUGAGAAGUAUGGAAGAGGAAGAAGUAACUAUAAAUAGUGUAAAUCUUAAGAGAAUAGUUGUGCUUCGCAGGUAGCUAUUUAUAAAAGCAGUAUCAACAUGUAUUAUUAGACAAACACAGAUCCACUAACACACUUACCAAAGUAUUUUCACUUUUGCUUCAGUGCACACUGAAACCAUUUUGAGGUAGUGAAAAAUUUGAUAAGAGAGAAAAAAGAAAAGUUGUAGGUAAAGCAGCCGAAAGUUCAGAAAGCUAGGCUGGCAGGGUUUAUUCAGAUAAUAGUGAUAUAAACUGGAGCUGUAUAAAGAUGGAUUACAGUGAAAGUACUCUUUGUGGAGUUGGAGAACUGGAGCUGGAUCCAGAUAUUGUGAGCGAGGAGGCGGGGAAACUGUACUCCGAACUACAGUCUGUGGUGGAGACGCAUGGUGCCGGUGUGGUGGAGUCCCUGCUGCCCAUUCUGGUGUGGGUACUGGAGGGGCUGGCGAGCUCCAGGGCUCAACUGAGAGAGAAAGAAGAGGAGGUGGUAAAGGAGAAAGAAGAGAGGGAGGAACUGCUGGAGAGAUAUCAGAGUGAGAAAGCACUGAGGAAGGAAAGCCAGGAGCGGUAUUUGGAGCUGGACGACCAUUGUGAGCAAGAGAGGAGGGCAAUGCGAGCACGAGAAAAGGAGAGAGAAAAGCGAGAGAGAGAUCUGGAGAAAAAAGCCAGAGAACAAGCUGACCAAUUGCUGGCUCUGGAUGAGCAGAAAGCAAAUCUUAACCGAGAAAUAAAUUCACUGAAAAACGCACAUAACAAGUUAGUACUGUCACAUCGAGAUUUGCUCGAAAAGAAAAAAGAAUGGGAGAGCGAAGCCAUCUUGUUCAGGAAUCAUGGACACAGCAGACACACGGAUGCUGUUUCUACUCCAUUUCAAACAGAGACCUCCAUUACUGAUGAGAAUGGAUCAAAAGAUGUAUCAGACGUAUCAGAAAUGACGGUGACCAAUGACAGCAAAGUUACAAAAGUUGAGGCUAACCAUGACACAGAUCAGUCAUUCAUCAGUGACAUCAUAAGCUCCACCCCUGAGCUGGCCCAAUUAAAGGGAUUUGUUGAAACAAGCUCUCCCAUUUGUUCCAAGACAGCGAGCUCUGAAUCAAGCUCCAGUUUGUUUGAGGAGAUUAAUAAGGUCCAGGUGGAGGAAAAAGAGGUAAACGAAGACCUGAAGGUGAAAGAUGAAGAAAAAACAGAAGAUGUGGAUGACGACACGGAAAGCUUAGACUGGGACUUGAGGAAUACCGACUCUGUGUUUUCCGAGUUAUCCGAACUCAGCCGGGAAUAUGUGGAAAGCGUGGAUCAGGGGGCCAGUGUCAGAGAUAGCACAGACCAGUUCGAGCAGAUUCUUUCUCAAUAUGAGGAACUGAAACGCACCCAUGAAAUGGUGGAUGCUGCUCGUAAGGCCCUUAUAUCCCGUGUUGAAGAGCUGACCAAUGAGAGAUCUGCCCUGAAUAUGGAACUUGCUUCCUGUGAAGAAACCAUCACCCGACUGGAAGGAAAAACCAAAGAGAUGGAGGAGGAAACCAAACGGCUACGAAAAGAACUAGAGACAGUCCAGUCUGAGGACCCUGAUGCAUCUCUGCCCACCUCCCUCCGUCGCUUCUCUCGUUCUGAAAUGGCUCGAGUCGUGAUGGAGAAGAAUCAGUACAAAGAGCGUCUCUUCGAAUUACAGGAAGCUGUACGGCGCUCUCAGGCCCUGAGAGUUAAUAAAGAAGAGCACAUCCCUGUUGAAGGAAAGGGGAGUGUCUGGAGCAGAUUUAAUCGUUUUCUGGGGCUGACAAAGGGUCCGAUCGCUCCAGUUACAGCUUUAACAUUAACUGCCACCACCACAGCAUCUUCUGCACAAACACCGGUGGGCUCUCCACAGCUAGGCUCCAUUAGACAGACCCAAACAGAGAGUUCUCCGUCUCCCAGAUUACGUAAGCGAGAGUUGUACAGAGAGAUCCGCUCUCACGUGUGGGAAACUCUGGGUAAAAAACAACUUCACGGCUGGAGCAUGCCUCUCGCUGUUUCAAACAUAAAGGACUGUGACCCUCCUCCUGAGCCCAAAGAUGUGCCUGUCCUCAUCCACCUGAGACUUCUGGAUCAGAGAGACGCUACAGCGAAGCUUACAUGUGCCGUCGCAGUCCCGCCAGACAUAUCAGGAGAACAGACGUGCUCCGUGUGGGCCAUCACUGGACCUGCUUCCAGAAGUGAUGUCACAGUGAUUGACCCGGCUCGCUCCAAUACCAUUCUGGAUCAGUUUAGCCUCCCACCCACCUCCCCUGCCUUAUGCAUCUGUGCUGUGCCCUCUAUUGGUGACACUGCGGGAACUGUGUGGAUUGGUACACAAGAUGGAGGAGUGCUGAUCCAUUCAGCAUCCAACUCACGACGAAUCUGUUUGCAGUCUGUGUGUCUUUCUGAGGGGGUGCACUCUUUAACGUACUCUCAGGGUGAGGUGGUUGCAGGAUUGGCCAAUGGGACUCUGGCAUUUUUCCCUCACAACUCAGGUAUCUGGAAUCUCCAGACACAGGAAGUGCUCUCGCUCGGUACACAGCCAUUGCAACCCGUUCGCUGUUGCCUCGCUAAGGAUGGGUGCCUUUGGGUGGGAUACUGGAAUAAAGUUUACAUGAUCAAUGUGAAAGAUCGGAAAAUAGAGAAAUCGUUCUCAGUUUCGGAGCGAAGCGAGCAGCAGGUGCGUUUCCUGUGCGCAGCAGGAAGUGGAGUUUGGGCUUCCUGUCGGCUGGAUGCCAUACUUAGGCUUUUCGAUUGGAUGACGGGUCGGCCAUUACAGGAAGUAGAUUUAUCGUUCAUGGUGACUAAAGCUUUAGGGUCUUCGUUCCUGUCUCUCUCUCCUCUUCAGAUCACAGCCUUAUCUGUGGUCAGUGGGCGACUGUGGGUGGGCACAGGAAGUGGUGCCAUUUUCUCAGUCCCUCUGUCAUUGAGUUCAGAGUCUUGCUCUAUACCUUACUGCUCUCUUGCUUCAGCUCAGUUGUGUUUUCAUGGCCAUCGUCAAGCAGUUAAAUUUAUUAUUUCGGCACCAGGCUGCCGCAUUUCCUCAAGUUCAACAGGUGGCGCUGUUACUACCUCUCAGCUCAUUCUCAGUGGCGGGGAAGGAUACAUAAACUUCAGAAUUGGAGAUGAUGGUAGUGAUGGUGUCAGCGAAAGUGUCCCACAGAGAUCUGAACGAAGUCACAUCAUUAUUUGGCAGAGCCCCACCCCCUCUGUCCCAAGCCCCGCCCUCUGAAAGCCUGAACUUGAACUUUGCCAGGAUGUGAAUGAGAACACUACAUGCAAUGUAUUACUUUUCAGAUAUCAUAUAGGUGCUUAUGAAUAAAAAUCAAGGACAUAUGACAGAGAAUUUACGUUGGCAGGUUUUAAGUGUUGCUAUUUUGGACCUACAGCAUCGAGCACUUUUUACUUGUUUUGCAGUGAACUUUCAGUUUGAAAGAUUUUUAAGUCUCUUGAACCUAACUGUGUUUUCAGAUCUUGGUGUGGUCUGGCCAGUGUUUUAUUUUAGUUUGUUGUAUUUUGUUGCACAGUCAUCCUAAAUACUGGAACAAAGAUGGAGGCAGUAGUGGUGCAGAGCUUGGGUCAAUCAUGUAUUAUUUGUUUUGUACUAUUUGUUUUCAUUUUUCAGUUCAGGGGUAUAUGGACAAAAAAGCAGCACAGCAGGCAGUAUUUUCACUACAAACAUCCGAUUUCAAAUUCUCUUGUGGUUUCUGUUGGUUGUAUUGCAGUCUGUUGAUUGCAUCAUGACAAGAAUCUGACCAAGACAGACACUACAUGCAUCAUGUGAUGGCCUGAAAACUGUGGUGCAUGUUCUUAUAAACAGAUUUAAAGACUGA